AAAUCUGGACCCGUUUCGCUCGAAAUGGCAUCCGCUCGAACUGGUAUUCGCUCGAAGUGGCAUCUUUAGAACGUUCAGAUUUCCACUGCUUUAGUUAGCCUAGCCUAGGCCGAGUUAUGGAUCAACCUGCUUUACUCCUUAAAAGACAGCUAAUAGAUUUGCAAAAAAAUCCUACAGAGGGUUUUUCAGCAGGACUUGUUGAUGAUGAGAACUUGUUUAAAUGGGAGGUGCUGAUAAUAGGCCCUCCAAGUACAUAUUAUGAAGGAGGAUUAUUUAAAGCACAUCUAGAAUUCCCAUCUGAAUACCCACAAAAACCUCCCAAAAUGAAGUUCAUUUCUGAGAUCUGGCAUCCUAAUAUUGGUAAAGAUGGCGACGUUUGCAUAUCCAUUUUGCAUGAGCCCGGUGAAGACAAAUACGGCUACGAAGAGGCUUCGGAACGAUGGUUACCAGUUCACACAGUAGAAUCUAUUUUAGUCAGCGUCAUUUCAAUGUUGGCCAGCCCAAACGAUGAAUCCCCAGCAAACGUGGAUGCAGCAAAAGAUUGGCGAGAUGAUUAUCAUGGACUCUUCAAGGUGAAAGUACGCAGGUGUGUCAGGAAAUCACAAGAUGAGCUUUGAACAUUAUAAUAAGAGCAAAAUUGGAGGGGUUUGUACAUAAGGCAUACUGUGCCAAGACAGCAUGUUAGUAAGACUCAGGUAAAACAUACUGGCCACAAAACGUGCACCUGUUUCCAAUGAUUUCAGUA